CGCCUCCGGUGCCUGGGUCUAGCUACCGCCAGGAAGAGGCGUUGCUGUCGCUGCUUUCCUACUUUUCCGCGCUUGACCCCUCCCAGGACCCGGGAUGCCCAGGCCCCAGCGGGGGACGAGGAAGAGUCGAGGUUGAGCCCAGCUGAGUGGAGGGCUCGCGGUCUAGUCUUUCCGGCCCGCCCCACCUCAAGAAAUGAGUGGUGGAUUGGCCCCAAGUAAAAGCACAGUGUAUGUAUCCAACUUGCCCUUUUCCCUGACCAACAAUGACUUAUACCGGAUAUUUUCCAAAUAUGGCAAAGUUGUAAAGGUUACUAUAAUGAAAGAUAAAGAUACCAGGAAGAGCAAAGGAGUUGCAUUUAUUUUAUUUUUGGAUAAAGACUCUGCACAAAACUGUACCAGGGCAAUAAACAACAAACAGUUAUUUGGUAGAGUGAUAAAAGCAAGCAUUGCUAUCGACAAUGGAAGAGCAGCUGAGUUCAUCCGAAGACGAAACUACUUUGAUAAAUCUAAGUGUUAUGAAUGUGGGGAAAGUGGACAUUUAAGUUAUGCCUGUCCUAAAAAUAUGCUUGGAGAACGUGAACCUCCAAAGAAGAAAGAGAAAAAGAAAAAAAAGAAAAUUCCUGAACCAGAAGAAGAAAUUGAAGAAGUAGAAGAAAGUGAGGAUGAAGGGGAAGAUCCUGCCCUUGACAGCCUUAGUCAGGCCAUAGCUUUCCAGCAAGCCAAAAUUGAAGAAGAACAAAAAAAAUGGAAACCAAGUUCAGGGGGUCCCUCAACAUCAGAUGACUCAAGACGCCCAAGGAUAAAGAAAAGCACAUAUUUCAGUGAUGAAGAAGAACUGAGUGAUUAAAAUUAUAUUUAUUAUGUAAAUAUCAUUAAAUUUUUUUAAAAAAUCUUGAGUUCGGUUGGGGACUAAAGAUUACUUUUAGAAUUUGAACAUAAAGAACACUUAGUACCAAAUAAUUUUUUACUAUAAAAUAGUUCAUAGGAAACUGAAAAUAAUUUUAAAGUAUCAUGUUUCUAUCUUGCCUUAGAGUAAUAAAAAUAAAGAUUUGGUAGUAACUGUUAAUCUUGAAAACAGUUCAUUUGAAUAAAAAAGAGAUCAUAAUACUAUCACAGUAUUGCUGUUGUCGUCUCAAGAAAAAAGAGAGGAGGUAUUAAAAAGAUGUGUUUGAGAAGUUCAUUAUAAAAGUUUAUUCAUGUCUGAUUGCUUUACAUGAAGACUUGAAAUAAAUUUCAUCUUUAAGACAAAAACUUCGUAACUACUGGAAAAUGCUGAUUUAUGGUUAUUAAAUGUUAAUAAAAUUUUCAAGAGAAUUUUGUUUUUAAAUGUGGGUGUUUUGCUAUCCUAUUUCUUUUAGCUUUAUCCCAACCUGGAUACAUCGUUAAUUAUCCAUAAAGUAUAAAGUAGCUUUAAAGGGCUUAUAACCAAACACCAAUAAUUUGUCUGACACACCUUUCGACCAAAUUCCAUUCAUUCCCCAGAAGCAACUAACUUUUUUAGCUGUUUCUUCUCAUAUGUACAUGCAUAUUGCUAUAUAAAAUACAUAUAUUUCUGCCACUUAAUUCAUAAAGGAGUAAGGGAGGAUUUUUCAUUCUCCUAUACUACACCCUGCCCUCCUCCAUCUUCCCAAUAUGGCUAUGUUAAAACUUUUGGUUAAAUUCACAGUUAUUGUAUUUAUUUUAUGACCAUGUAAAUACUUCUGAGUCAAUGAGUGUGCUGAGAUUAAAUUUUUGUAGAAUUAAUAA